GAAAAGGAAGCUGUCUGCCGCCCUACGUAUACAGAAAUACACACAGUUGCGGUUCGGUUGUUGAGAAGGUCAGAUUUUCAGCAGCGGUGACCGGUGACUCGGAGCUGAUGCAGAAGAAUGACAGGAGGUAGGAGCAAGUGCAAAGCGUUUAGCUUGUGCGUGUCAGUGAACUUUGAGUGACUGGUUGAGGCAGGACCCUCGGACUACAGUGGAGAUGGCAGCUCGUAGCGUGAACUUCGACAUAGAUGCCCACGUAAUGGAGGCAGGGCUGGAAAGUCCUGCGGAUGAGGAUGUGGUUCAUGACUCUUUCAAUCAGCUUAUUGAGGAACAGAGUCAAGAUCUAAACAGCCAUGCAGAGGCGAUAGAGAUGUACCCUCUAACGGAAGAGACCGGAGAUGAUGUUUCAUCCUUUGCUGUUGAUGAGUAUGGUGGGAUGACUGAACCCUUGAUGGAUGAACGCUGGUCUUCAGCCACUCUCAGAGUUCUGUCCUCAAUGCCCAGUCGCACCAUUGGACGCAGUCGAGGGGCAAUCCUCUCUCAAUAUUAUACCCGCACUAUGCAGAUGUGCAGACACAGACAGAGCCGACCCUCCAUCCGCUCUUUCUCCCGGUCUGCCCGGCCCAGCAUCUGUGGCCAUCGUGUUGACAACAAUGCUGAGAACUUUGACCGGGAGGAGAAUAAGAGGGAGCGGCUGGUGAAUAACUUGCAGAACCUGUCUGUGGGUGAUCGAGUGCGUAUGCUGAAAGCUAUUCCAUUGAGCUUGACAGAGAAGAGUGAACUCAGACGUUUGGCCUUGAAUAAAACUGGCCGCUCUAUCUACCUCGACCAAGUCCCCUGCUGCAGCCACCUCAAAGACCGUAUUUUCAUUGCUCUGAGACAAAGCUGGUACAGCUGGCUGUCCUUCCUCUCCUCACUGCAGUUAUGGCAGACGGCUCUGAAGACAGUGAGUGGCCGCUUCGGGACAGGUGUCCUCUCCUACUUUGUCUUCCUCAGGAAGCUGUUCUUCUUUAACGUUUUCCUAUUCAUGGUGAUGGGGCUCUUCCUGGUGGUGCCCCAAGCCGUGCAGCCUCCGGUGCUAACCUCAGUCACAUCUGUACAAUACGGCCUCGAGGUGCUCACCGGGACGGGUUAUUUUAAGGACUCCUUGAUGUAUUACGGCUACUACAGUAAUUAUACUUUCAUGAACUGCAGCCAUGUUGAAAAUCAGGGUUCCUGUGGCACUCAUCUAUCCUAUAACAUGCCUCUGGCCUAUUUCUUCACCAUUGGAAUGGCAUUCUUCAUCACCUGCAUCAUCCUCGUGUACAGUAUGUCCAAGUCUUUUGGACAGAGUUUCCGGAUUGACCGGUCCAAAGGUCUGCUUGCCAUAAAAGUCUUCAGUUCUUGGGAUUUUAAAGUCAGCAAGAAAUCCUCUGUUAGACUGCAAUCUGAAAACAUCACCACUCAGCUCAGAGAGUUGGUGGCAGAGGUGAACCGUAACAAGGUGAAGUCUUCGUUCUGGCAGCGUAUGUCAGUUCUGUCCAUCCAGUUGCUGGCUUGGAUAAUAUGCAUUGGGAGCACUGUAGUGUGUUCCCUUGGCGUGUACUACUUCUCAAAGGAUGUGCACAAGAUAUACGCAAACAAUACCAAUAACGACCUGCGGAAGGAAACUAGCAUGCUGGCGCUCCCUGUGAUUGUGUCUACCAUUAACCUGCUCCUUCCCGGCUUCUUCAAUGUUGUGGCCUGGAUGGAAGAUUACGAGUCGCCAUGCACACGCAACUACGUUGCCGUUUUCAGGAAUUUAAUGCUGAAAGUGAGUGUGCUUGGAGUCUUGUGUCAUCAUUGGCUAGGUCAAGUGGCAUCUGACCAAAAGCAGUCACAGUGCUGGGAGAGUUUUGUGGGGCAGGAACUAUAUAGAUUCCUGCUAAUGGACUUCAUCUUCACAAUGCUCGAUACCUUCUUUGGAGAGUUUCUGUGGAGAUUGUUUUCGCAGAAGGUUCUGAAGAAAGAAAGAAAGCCGGUGUUUGAUAUUGCCCGGAAUGUUCUCGAGCUCAUAUACGGACAGACAUUAGCUUGGUUGGGAGUGUUGUUUGCGCCCCUCCUGCCUGCAGUGCAGGUUAUCAAGCUGUUCCUGCUUUUCUACAUGAAAAAGACGAGUCUGAUGAUGAACUGUCAAGCUCCCAGAAAGCCAUGGAGGGCGAGUCAGAUGACCACCUUCUUCAUCACCCUCCUCUGCUUCCCCUCCUUCCUGGGCGCAUCGGUGUGCGUCACCUAUACCAUGUGGACGAUAACACCAUCAAAGAGCUGUGGGCCGUUCCGUGGCCUCAACACCAUGUUUCAGGCAGGUAAAAAGUGGGUGGAGAAGCUGGCCCAUGAUAACCCCCAUCUGACCUGGCUCACCUGGGUUCAUACAUAUCUGGUGGAGAAUCCUUUCUUCCUGUUUCUCGCUGCUGGAAUCUUCCUAAUAAUAAUCUACUUCCACAGCCAAGUGGUGGAUGGACAGAGGAAGAUUAUUGAGCUGCUACAGGAACAGAUUGAAAAUGAGGGGGAAGACAAGAAGUUUCUCAUCACUAGAUUACAAGACAUCCACGAGCGGAAACGUCCAAAUUCCCAGCGUCGCAGCAGGGCAACCAGAGAGGAGUCCAGUUUCACAUGACUUCUCCAAGUUGUCUGCAUCUCGGUGUGAAAAGUGUAGAGUUGCAAGUGGAGCCCUCUGCUGUCCUGGAGCUGUAUUACGGGCUAAUGGAAGUAACACUGCAAGUUCUCCACAGGCAUUCCUACAGCUUGGUGUGUAGGGGAUCAUACCAAUUGAUGCACUUAAGCUUUUACUGGACUGCACAGAAGCAUUUUAAUGCUCCUUAAAGGAAUUUUUUUUAAUAUUUUCAAUUUCAAGCCGUUUCAUCUUGCAGAAACUUGCACAUUUCUAGAAAUGUUUUCUAGUAUAUUUCUAGUAAAACUUUUUACUUUCAAAAAAAAAAAAAA